AUGCAUUGCUUGCUGCUCGCCCUCGCCGUCGUCGCCGUGUCGGCUGGCCCGGGGCACAGCCACGGGGACGGCCCGUGGGAGUGGGGCGGCGUCUACCGCCUGCUCGCCGGCGACUACACGUGGACAUUCAGCAAGAAUGCCGCCGGCAUCUAUGGCGCGCCCGACGAGAGCAUGCGGGUCGUGGUGCUGCGCGGUGGGCCGGCGUCGGACGCGCUCGACGAUUUGCGGCCGGCGGCCGAGGCUCUGCUCCAGCUCUCGCAGUGCACCUUGCUCGAUGGCGGCGGCGAGAUCGGGGCCGCCGACACCUGCUUCGAGUUGCGGUUCAACCAGUCGCUGCCGGCCACGUCGUGGACGGUACGGACGGCGAUCGCCGGCAAUCUGGCGAUCUACACAGAGCACCUGCCGAUGGAGUUUAGCGCGCGCCUGACCUCGACGAGCACCGGGGUCGAGGUCCAGCCAGAGGCAGCCGUGCUUUACAACGCGAUGCACGGGGAGGCGGCCGACCCGGAGACGGACCACGACCACGACCACGCGCACGAGGAGGUGGCCGACCACGCGCACGAGGAGGUGGCCGACCACGCCCACGACCACGCGCACGAGGAGGUGGCCGACCACGCGCACGAGGAGGUGGCCGACCACGCCCACGACCACGCGCACGAGGAGGUGGCCGACCACGCGCACGAGGAGGUGGCCGACCACGACCACGGCGAGCACGAUCACGAUGCUACCUCCGUUGCGACCGCCGGACUCGUCAUCAGCGUCCUGGCGCUCACGGUUGCGACGGCGGGCUUGUGCCUCACGAUGUCUCUUCGGCAGAGGCACGCGGCGCAGCCAAUGAUGUCGGAAGCGGCGACGAUGCGGCGCCACUCUGCCAGCUUUGGCGCCGGCGGCGACGCGGCGCAGAGCAAAGGCGAGCGAGGCAUGCAGGUAUGA